AUGCCAGGAGUCCCAUCUAGUAAAGCGUGCGAAGCCUGCCGUAAAGUGAAAAAGAAGUGCGAUGAACUGCAACCCUGUUCAAGGUGUCUUCGGUUGUCAGUCCCUUGUGCUGGAAGUGGUCGGCAACGUUACAAGUUUAAGAAUGCCGACUCAAACCAGAUGAAGCCCGAAAGAACUCGGGACAUAGUUCUCACGAAGCAAGUUGCGAGUCCCACAAUUACUCAUGUUCCUACCAAUCGACUCGCUGCCUGCUUUAUUAAUACUCUCGGUAUUAGCGAUAUACGCUAUGAUAUCACAUUCUAUGGACCGUUUCUCAAGGAUCUUCCCCGCAGACUCGGACAUAGCGCCGCGCUGGAUGCUGCCACAAAGGCUUUGGUCUCCUCCUACCCUUAUUUCCAUGGUAGAGAGGUUCCUCAUGGUGUGUUGAUACACUAUGGGAAAUCAUUGAGAACAUUACGAGAGACCUUAAAUGAUCCUGCUAAGAUUCAAUCGCCCGAUACGCUUUGCGCUAUCUAUCUAAUCUCAAUAUGUCAGGGGUGGCUUCGGAAGCAUGAAAAGCAACAAGUGAGCCAUGGGCAAGCAAUUGCACAUCUACUCAAGAUAAUAGACGUGCGCAAGUGGGAUAGCGGGUUUGAAAGAGAUUUACUUAUUACCAUGAGUGUGCCGGUGAUCUUUGAAGGAUUAGGGAACCCUCGAAUCCGAAUGCCCUCAGGUUUCUGGGAGAGUAUAAUGGCUCUCAUACCCCCAGGCUCUCCGCCACAAGAUGAAAAUCUGCCGCGGUCAACCACAACCCUCUUAUCACUUUCAAAGUUCCCAGGAUACCUACAACGCCCAUAUCCCUACCUCGCCGAAAUCACCGAAGCUUAUACGAGGCUUCGAGAAGAUGGCCAAAGGAUCCGCUCGUUUCUAGACCAGUGGGUCCUAGCUGAUCCAGCUUGUUUUUCUUCCUCGGUAGCUGGUCAACGAUCCCGCUACCAAGCCGGAUAUACCGUGGUCACGGCCCUAGCGCUACUUUUGAAUGCCCUUCUUCGUGCGCUUGACUCCAGUAACACCACUUUAUCUCAGGAAUCGGCUUUCUUCUGUGAACAAAUCAUCGCUGAGGCUGAAUCGGCUUGCAACUACCGUCCGCUUGGUGCCGCAUACGUCGCGCCGUGUCUUGUGGUUGCUUUGGCUGUUACGGAAGGUCCGUGGCAAUGGGCCUGCAUUGAGACCAUAUUCAGAGACUAUGAGGCUGAUUCUGGGGACUUGAAAUGGAGGGAGAUUGUCAUGUGGCUCAGGGCGGCUUUUCGUUGUCACCGCAUGGGAGGGGGGACGGUGGAAAAUAACUCUGAUGUUGAUAUUUCGGCAUUAGGAGUUCCUGGGGCUUGCUGCAUGAUGUAA